AUGACAGUUGAGCAUUUGAAACCUGCCGACAACACCACACAAUUUUAUGAAUGUGCUCCAUUGAAUGAAGAUGAAGUGAAAGGAUACGCUUUGAGUAAGAAGUAUUUAGGAGUCUGGAAUCUUAGAGAUUGUCCGAAAGAACACGAAUUCGAUGAACCAAAACAAAGAUGUGUUGAAAAGAAAACUUUCAGAAGACAACAAGUCGCUUGCGCUCAGAAUGCCCAAGCCUCGGGAUGUGUUGCAUCUUGUCAAGCUCCAACUGAUGUUGCCAACCAGGGAAUGGAAUGCAACUGGCGUUCCUCCGCUCUCCAACGUGAUCCAGCUAGCAAUGCAUAUUUCUUCCAAUGUGUCCCAUCAUCUCCAACCGAAGGAUGUGGAGAAUGGACUAGAAUGCAAUGUUCACAAUCCACUGUUUUCAACGCUGAUCUAAAUGUUUGUGUCCCAUUGGCUAUACAGAACUCUUGUGACAGCUCCACCCAGCAGCCAGUAUGCAGUUGUUCUCAAGUCUCCAGCUCCUGUCCAGGAACAUCUCAGUGUCAGAAUAAAGUUUGUUGCCAACAAACAGAUACUCUGAACCUGAAUAAUCUCAUCCAACACCAAGCACCACUGUGCCCCGGAUCAAAUGUCCCACCACUUGGUUCAUGUAACGAGCAGUGUCCGCAGUAUUCUGCUUGUACCCCAGGGCUUGGAUGUUGUCCCGUUCCAGUAAACGAGCAGCCAACCGGAAUGAUCAAAAUUACCCUCUGUCCUGGAUCAUACUCUCCACCAUUCGGUGUUUGUGGAUCAUGCCCUUCCGGAACACAAUGCAACGAACAACUCGCGAUGUGUUGUCCACUCCAACAGCAACCGUCUACGGAUAUUGUAUACAAUGUAGUCUUACUCUGUCCUGAUGGUACACCUUCUACAACGUCUUGCUCUCAAGGGUGUGGUCCAAACAAUGCUUGCUUCCAAGGAGCUUGUUGUCCGAUUAGAUGCCCAACUGGACAGAACGCCGUCGGUUUCUGUUCAUCUGGUUCUUGUGGAGUUGGAAGCUGCUACUCAAAAACCACUUGCUGUCAAGAACCAGUCAAACUCCCAGUAUGCUCAAACGGAAUGAUUUCCCAAAAACGAUGCCUUGUUGCUGCUGAAUGUGGACCAAAUCUCGAGUGCUCUAACGGAGGUUGUUGUCCAAUUCCAUUCUGUCCAAACGGUGUCACUGCUCGUGGAAGAUGUUCAGCAGUUAAUGGAUGCCCAAUGGGACAAGCUUGUAUGGAAGGACUCUGCUGCCCACUUCCAAGAUGCUCGAAUGGCAUCACUGCUCUCGGAAUUUGCACCAGAACCUUGGAUUGCGGAAGAAUCGGCGUCGAUUGCAAUAACGGAGCCUGUUGUCCACUUCCGUCAUGCCCGAACAACGUUGCAUCCACUCAAAGAUGUGCUGCUGGAUGCUCGAAUUGUUGUCCAGUAGGGCAGACAUGUAUGAAUGGUGGAUGUUGUGAUCUUCCAUCGUGUCCAGCAGGAGGAUUUGCUAUUUCUAUGUGUACUGGAAAGUGUGGAACUGGAUUUGAAUGUGUUAACAGCGGAUGCUGCUCUCUUCCAAGAUGUCCAAGUGGAUUAAUGUCUGUGCAGAGAUGCGUCAUGGGAAUCGGGUGCCCACCAGGAAACCAAUGCGAAAAUGGAGUCUGUUGCCCAAUGCCAAUGUGUUCAAGCGGUAGCAUUGCGUCGUCUGUUUGCGGAAUGGCUAACUCAUGCCCAAUCGGUUAUAUUUGUGAGGGACGUGGAUGUUGUUUGGAACCACUACCACUGUGUCCAAAUGGAGGAAGAGCUUCUAUGAGAUGUUACAGAGGAGCUGAAUGCCCACCAGGGUACGGCUGCACUCCAUUAGGUGGUUGCUGUCUUCUGUCAAUGGAACCAGUGUGCCCAACCAGAUCCAACGCAGUUUGCCAAUGCUCGCCCAACAAUGUUUGUCCGUCCGGCUCCAGUUGUACUAUGGGCACGUGUUGCUCAAGCGGCAUAAGCCCUAUUGUCUCGUUCAGUGUUCCUGGCACAGGAUGCCAAAACUCGAAUCAAUGCAAUGGAUACCAAAGCAGUUGCUCUCAAUGUGUGCAGGGAGUGUGUUCAUGUGUCAAUGGAGCUGCAUCAAAUGGAGCGACUUGUGAACAAAUGGCACCGACUAUUCUGACUUUGGCUAGAAAUGGAUGUGAUCAGUAUGGUUCGCCAUGCAAAUUCCUAUUGUCCACGGCUAGAAGACGUCCGCUUUUUGCACCAACCUCGAAUAUGACAGAGACACCUUUGUUCUUCAAUGUUGCAUCCAAGAGAAAGUGUGUGGCCAAUAUCCAAAACUUCGAUUCUGACUCAACAUGCCUUCCGAACGAGAAAUGCAUUGAUGGAGAAUGUAGAAUGAAGCUUUGGCCUGGAGAAUAUGGAUGUCAAACCGACACCGAAUGUCAGUCCAGAUGCCCCAAUACGUAUUGUGAGAAAAAGAAGAGCGACAAAAACGUUCCACAGUGUCAAUGUGCCAAUGGAAUGUUGCUUUACGGAAGAUGCUUCUCGCAAUGCCCACGAGGAUUCCAUGAGUCCGGAGCUUUUUGUAUGCACGACGAUGAAGACAAAUUCUGGAUGGAUGCGGAGGCACAAGACAAUCUGAAAGCUUUGUUGAAUGCUGGAAAGUGUUGA